ACGUUGGGUAGCUGUUGACGGAUAUAUAAUCGCAGCCCGCAUGCUUCUCAGCCUCUGUGCCUCGCCUGAGACGCAGCAUCCUUAAUCAGCUCACCCUACCGCCCUUUCAAAUAAGUCGAAAAUGCCUCUUGAACUUCAGCCCGCAACUGAGGCAGACGCUGAGCGCGCUGCGGAAAUUGAGAGAGAGGCGUACGGACCGAACGAGUUCAGCUCGGUUCUAUUCCCCGGCCCGUUUCCCGAUCCCGUGCCCGGUAAGAACACGCGCGCCGAGGAGCUGGCAAAGGCUAAACGUGAGGACCCUUCGAUCCGCUGGCUCAAGGUCGUUGAUACGGACCUCACCCCGACCGAAGACAACAAGCAGAUGGUCGGCUUCGCUCAGUGGAACAUCAAUGAUGGCUCACAACUACCCCCACAGCCGCGGGUUUUCCAUGCCGGUUGCAACAAGGAAGCGUGCGAAGCCGUUUUUAGCAGUCUAGACGAAGUGCGUCGCAAGCGCUCCACGGGUGUCAAGCAUGUUCACCUGAGAUUUCUUCAUGUCGAUCCGAAACACCAGCGGAGAGGUGCUGGUGCUAUGCUCGUGAAUUGGGGCGUAGAGGAGGCUCGAAAACUCGGCCUGCCCGCAUUUCUAGAAUCGUCGCCAGCAGGUCACUCGCUCUACCUACGCCAGGGAUUCCGCGACAUCAAUAUACACUCCAUCGACUUCACGAAAUGGGGAAAGGAUGCUAAUCACAUCACCUAUAUUAUGGCCCUAGAAGCUUAGAGACCAAGUAUGGACGCCACAUCUUUAUAUCCCUAGAUUCAUAUCUCAAUUAUGUACUGCCCUUUUCAAUUCUUCCGGAGUUUUUAUUUUAUUUUAUUUUUUUAUAGAUUCUUAUUUGAGCAGAGAAUAUAUGAAGGGACUUUUUGUUGCUGUGCCGUACUUCGUGUUCGAGCUUUUGGUUUUUCUCAAGUUGGGGCUUUGCCGUGUCUUCUAGAUUAUGCUAGCAUAGCUGACGAGUAGUCUAAUAUGAAUUCUUUACAUUCA